GCUCACUUUGGUGGAGCCCAAUGAUCCAUUCCAGCCUUCAACCAGUCGGCACGCCACGGUGCGACACAGGAAGAAGGUGUCUUUCCACUUGCGAUAGUCGAACUUUCGAUGGAACACGACGAGUACUGUAUCGUAUUCAAAAUUUUGAUUGCCGCCGAACAUGAUUGUGCCCUUUCCUCCCAUCGUCGUAGAGGCCGCCCUGACCGCAUCGUUGCUCCUGAACCCUAUGGCGGCGGAUCCGAUACCACCACCAAUGGUUCAAACGCAAACCAAGAACUACGAGUUCGGAAACGGUUCCGUUCGCAUCGACAAUCGCAUGAAAUUUCCGGGGAUGACCCUCGAGGAACCGAGGUUUUUGGGUGCCGGUGGGGGGGGAUCCGUGUGGGGCAUGAAAAGAAUCUUAGACCCGGGUUUGGAUCGAAGCGGGGAUGGCAACGGCAAUCCCGGUGGCGUUCCCAAAAACGUCGUCGUAAAAAUAAGCUGGUUGCGCAGCACCGACAGCGUCCGGAACGAAUGCGAUGUCUUGUCGGUGAUGGAGCAGCGAGGGGUCACGGGCGUCGAGCGCUGUCUCGGGAGCGUGGAGUAUCCGUACGAUUCCCGCCGUGUGGCCAUCGCCAUGGAGCCACUGAUGGAAGACGACGGCGAUGCUACCACCUCGAGCCUGGACGACCUUACACCCGAACUAGCCCUCCGGAGUGCCCUUCAGCUCGGCAAGACAAUGGCGCAGAUGAUCGCGGCCGGUGUGGUGACAACGGACCUCCAGCCACUCGUCUCUAGAUCGACGGGCGAGGUGCUGCUGAUCGACAUGACGGAGGCCAGGGUGCUGGCCCUUGCCGAAUCCGGCGACAUUGCGGAGGGCGACAAGCUGCUGAUCGACGCCUUUUGCACGGAAGUGCUGGGGUUGAUCCCCGACUCGCUUCUCGACGAUGCCUCCGAGUCGUUCGUCGCGGAAUUGCACCGCCUCGAAGCCAAGCCAGGUGUGCGGAUCGAUCGCAGGGUCAAGGACAGACUAAGGGAUCUGCCCAUCACAGGGGUUGAGAAGCUUUAGUGGCGGGCUUUCGACGGGGAUCAGAAAUAAGAAAGACGGGUAGGGGUGGGGCUCGAGUCGGCAGUAUAUUGCAAAAGAUUGUAGUCAUUGUCGGGUUUGCAUUGGAGAAUUCUUUUCAUGGUACGGUUUCGUAUCGAGAAGCAGCAUCACUGCAGUGGUAUUGGAUAAUAGUUAGCAGUGUAAUUUCAAUGAUCAAGCUUUCUAGUACCAACUUGAGCAGAAUACAGUAGAACAACAUAU